AAUUCGGUCCUCUCGGUCUGUCCAGUCUAGAAGAGGAAUCGUAGUCUGGUUAAUUGGCUUCUUUCUUAGAUUUCCUUUAAUCCUGCUCAAGUCUUCGCUUGUGACUUACUCCUCACCUUUGUUUCUCCUGAAGGUGAAUCUCUGGCUCCAACUUGAGGAAGCCAUGUCGGCAGAAUUGAUUUCAUCCGCAGGAGAGGAGGGACACACUGGCUCAGGACCCAGUUUUAGAUCCAGUCAGAGGAAGAUAUUAAACCUGCUCCUGGAGAGAGACACUUCCUUUACCACCUGUCCAGAUCUCCCUAGGACUCCAGUGAACAAACUCUUUGGCGAUUCUGCAAACCUAAGUGUUUUGUCUGGAGGAACCCCAAAAUGUUGCCUUGAUCUUUCAAAUCUUAGUAGUGGUGGGGAGAUGUCUGCCAAUCAGCUUACCACUUCUGCAGACCUUGAUGAAACUGGUCACUUGGAAUCUGAAGGACCUCAGGACAUACAUUUAGCUGGGAUGAGUCAUCACCAGCACCUUACAAAAUGCAGCCCAGCGCAGCUGCUUUGUAGCACUCCAAAUGUUUUGGACCGUGGCAACAGGAAGAAAGAUGCAGUUUGUAGCUCGCCCACAAAUAAAGAAAAUGACAAUGGAAACUUGGUGGAAAGAGAAAUGAAAUAUCUGGGAAGUCCCAUUACUACACUUCCAAAAUUGGAUAAAAAUUCAGAACUAGGAGAACACCAGACAGAGUUUUCACAUGAAUUGAUGGAGUUUUCUCUGGAAGAUAAAGAAGAGACCAAGGCAUCUCUGAAUAGAAGCUCCUUGUAUCGCUCCCCUUCAUUGCCAGAGACUCUGAACAGGCCAAGACUGAAGCAAGUGGUAAAAUUCAAGAACAAUCCCGUACAGGAUAAAGUAAAACAGUAUUGUUCUCGCCACAAAGAAUUCAGGAAGGGCUUAGGUCUAAAGAAGACAGUCUCUCUCUGUGAUGUUAAUAUUACUCAGAUGCUGGAGGAAGAAUCUAACCAGCGGUCUCUGACUGGUGAUUUCUCCAAGGUGUGUGUGCUGCCAACCGUGUCAGGGAGACACCAAGAUCUGAAGUAUAUCAACCCAGAGACAGUAAGCAGACUUCUGGAGAUGGUGGCUGCCUUACUGUCAGGGAAGUUCCAGAGUCUGAUUGAGAAGUUUUAUAUCAUUGAUUGCCGUUAUCCAUAUGAGUACUUGGGAGGACACAUCCAGGGAGCCUUAAAUUUGUACAGUCAGGAAGAACUAUAUAACUUCUUUCUGAAGAAGCCUACUAUCCCUCUGGACUCCCAGAAAAGAAUAAUCAUCGUGUUCCACUGUGAAUUCUCCUCAGAAAGGGGUCCUCGAAUGUGUCGCUCUCUGAGAGAAGAGGACAGAGCUCUGAACCCGUAUCCUGCACUGUACUACCCAGAACUAUAUAUCCUCAAAGGGGGCUACAGAGACUUCUUUCCAGAAUAUAUGGAAUUGUGUGAACCACAGAGCUACUGCCCUAUGCAUCACCAAGACCAUAAGGCUGAGCUGCUGAGAUGUCGAAGCCAGAGCAAAGCAUGGGAAGGGGAGCGGCAGCUGCGCGAGCAGAUUGCCUUACUGGCGAAGGAUGUGAGCCCAUGACAUUCGAUCAGUGGUUUCCUGCUUAGCAGUCACCCAAAGACACUGUAGAAACCCUGAACAGAAAGAGGCUGUGUUAUAUGUGACAAAACCCAAGAUUGUUAAAAGAUGUCUGUGAACCAACAGGCUGCCAAGCUAAUGAAAUUCCAGGCCUGGGGUUGGUUUUAGCAGAGCUGCUGACUGGUGAUUAAGUCUCCAAGCUGGCUUUAGAAGGCUUUGGGUUCAGUAGAGAUUUGUGUUGCUUCAGCAAGUAGUUACAUUUUCUUCCCAGUUAGUAUAUUCUCACAAGCCAGUCAGCUCUUUCUCUCCCUGAGCUUCUGCCCAUGCAAGAUAGUUGCACAUCUUCUUUCUCUGUACUUUCUUCUUUGUUUCCCUCUCUCUCUUUUUCUUAAAUGGGAAAAUAAACACUAUAGAAUGAGAGAUUUGAUUGUGAGGCUAGUCUCCUCCUAGAUCUUUAUAAGGAAGAGAUCACCAAAUUAGACCCCUUUAGACAAAGGUGUAACCAUCUUGAUUUAUAGCUGAGGGCAAGGUGCUUUUCUCUAGACCAGUGGUUCUCAAAGUUUGAGCCCUGGACCAUAGGCAUCCUCUGAACUUCUUUGAAAUGUAAAUUUUCAGGCCUCAUCACACACUAAAACAAAACCUCUGAGUUGGGGCUCAGAAUUCGGGGUUUUAAAAUUUCCCUUUCAUGUGAUUCUGAUGCACACCAAGAUUUGAGAACCACUGCUCUAGAAUUAAGGAAACCUUUUAAACUGCAUUGUCCAGCAAUAUCCUGGCUAUCCUUUCUUAGACCAUUCCAAGGUAUGAGUUACCUAAAGUGUCCCCCAUAUUCAGUACGCUGUGAUAAGUAGGCUCAGAAAACUAAGAUGAUUGGCAUCUCUAAGGCAAGUUAUAGCUCUGAGUUGGGCUCAAAAAGAUUCCUUGUCCCUAGUCUCAAUGGAAUUUUGACUUUUCUCAUUUCCCACACUCUUUUCUCCACUUGAUUUCACAUUUCACAGAGAUAAGUUUAGGACUUGGGAUAGUUGGAAGUAGAGAUCUGUGCUAUCAGAAUAUAGGAAUAAAAGGAUACAAAAGUAGCAACCAAGAGCAGUUAGACUUAAGGAAGACCUUUUAAACUGUAUUUUUCAGCAUUAUCCCAGGCUUUCCGUUCUUAGAGCUCUUUAAGGCAAGCAGCCUUUUAUCUUCAUAGUGAGAUACAGCAUGUGGCCAGGGGUGGCCGUGGAAUUGCCACUGAACAUUGUCAUUCUCCUGCAUUAACCUGAUAGGAGUGCUAGCCCAGGACUGGAAAAGGACAAAGGGUUCUGAAGCCUGGCUGAGAUAGAAUAGAGACAAAAGUGACAUCUUCCCAGGUUCUGGGGCCUAGAGACUUAAUUUUUAAGUGAAUGGAAGGGAAGAAGGGCAGGAGCUGGACUGAUGUUUGCAAAGUUUGCUAGUGCGCUUCUCCUCCUCUUCCAGCAGAGGGCGCUGCUGUAUUCUCUAAGGCAGCUCCUGGAGCCUGCAGCCUCCACUGCUUGCACUUGCCUCUCUUUGCCUAAGAAAGCUAUCUUUCUGGCCCUCUCCUUGAGCCCUUGAGCUCAGAGCUCAGAAGGGCUGAGAGGAAAGGAGAGAAAAGCUUCAGCCAUAUUAGGUGCAGAUGGGUGAGGAGACAACACUGCUCUUCUAUCUUGCCCCACAUCCUUACCCGUGCAAAUAGGUACUCCUAGUAGCCUGAGGAAGAAAAUGUUUGAAGCACCUCCACUUCCAAGUAUGAGGAGGGAGGCCCCUUACUUGUUGCCUAACCUAGUGGGUCAUUUCCUGAUCAUUUUCCCCAGAAAAGUAGAACCAAACCCCCACCUGGGAAGAGACUAGUGCUCGUGUCCACAUUUCAGUAAUCUUUU